CUUUCUGUAGACCUCUGUGAUAAAAUAGUGGCGAGGUAUAGGGCAGGGCAAGGGUAUAAAUCAAUUUCUAAAGCUUUGAGUGUUCCCAGGAGCACAGUGGCCUCAAUAAUGAUGAAAUGGAGCUUUGGAAGUCCUUCUGCAGAGAUGAGAGAACCUGCCGGAAGGACAACCAUUUCAGCAGCACUCCAUCAAUUAGGCCUUUAUGGUAGAGUGGCUAGAUGGAAGCCAGUAAAAGGCAUAUGGCAACCUGUUUGGAGUUUGUCAAACGGAGUUUAAAUGGGAUAAACUGCCCAAAAUCCAGGAUAUCUUUGUUUGAGGAGGAUACUUCACGCAAGGAGAGCUAUGAGCAGAAACAGGAGGCAAAUUUUCUGGUGAAGAGACACCCCGACCAGAGGAUCCUGCUGGGUAGACAGGGGGGGAAGAUGGCGGAGUAUCUGCUGCCCUGUAAGAACGUACUCCCUGUGCCAAUCUUCACGCCAGGCAAAGCAGCUUCACACAGGAACUCAGACCGAGCACUCGGCCACUCAGAGCUCAAAUCCGUUAUGGAGUACGACAGCACAUGCCUGGAAAAGACGGAAGUUUCCAGAAUCACCAAAGACAUACCAAAAGUUGUACAACCCGCCCGUGUAGCCUAUAGAGUAUCAAAUCUAAUCUCACCACCACGUAAGUCCUCUCAUAGUCCACAGAGAUGUCAGUGAAGGCCCAGUCAACUUCCACAAUCAAUCAGACCUGCAAUAAUAUCAUUAUAUGAAAUGGGAAUUUGUGAGAGGCGGAGGGAUGAAGUUGUUAUUAGCCUAUUAUAGGCCUACCAGUUGGUGCUGAUAUCUUAGCCUGUACUGUAGCAGUCUAAAGAUAUAUUUGUGGUGGUCAAGAGGAAAUCUGCUUCCUGCAGUGUCACUACAAAUAUAUUUGAGAAAUGAUUUGAAUGAUUUGAGCCGAUUCUAAGCAAAGCAAUGUAAAUAUUAGCUUAACAUGGAAGAAAUAUACCAAAUGUGUUAUGU